CCGGAACAUAGCUCCGGUGAGUACAAUGCUUACGUGGUGGCCGGUUUUUGCUGACAAGGUUAGUGUUAUAUUAGAUGGAAUUUCUAAUUUUAAUUAUGCUUAUCCUACUUGGAAAAUAAACUAAACCUAAUUUGAACAUUAGUUUUGCCCCAAAUUAAUUUUGUCCUAAAACCCAAUUUUGCUCUCCUCGCUCUCUCGUAGAGCACGAUCCCAAUCUGGAAGAUGCAAGCAGCUAGGGCUCGUGGAAAAGGUGGAACCGUGAGAAAGCACUCAUCCAUUCUAGCCUUCGACAUUGAUGGUGGUUCUGGAGUUGGUAGUAAAAUCUACGAUGGGUGUUGCUUUUGUCCCCUUCCGGUGGUUCCGUUGAAGUCGAAGACAAGUAGCAACCCUGAUAGAUGGUUUCUACGUUGCCCUCUGUGGAAGAACACACAAAGACGUUGUGGGUAUUUUCAAUGGUUGGAUGAAAUUGAAGAGCAAUGUGUGGAAGGAGAAGUUUCUUCGGAGAAUAGCAACAUGGUGAGCAUAGCAGACCCAAAAAAGAAAAGCAUAAUCAACCAGGAGGGUAGUGAUGGCCGGGAAAGGGAUAGGAUGAUGAUGGUGCUUCCUGUGGUUAAUGACAUGAAGGAGCAACUGAAGAGGGUUGAGUUGUUGUUAAUUGUUAUCUGUGUAUUGCUUGGGUUAAAUCUGGUUUUGAGUCUGCUGUGUAUGGCUAAGUAGGAAGACAAUGGUCAAAUUUAAGAUUUUAGGAAUGAAAUUUUGUUUAUUUGUAAUGUUCUCCUAAUUGUAAUUGAGAUGAAUUAAUGGAUGCACUCUUAUUAGUCUUC